GCCGCCACGCCCCCCUCGGCUAUAUAUGGGGGGCUUUCUGCACGCCAGAUGGGCCAGUUAGUGGUUAGUUUUAGUUUGGCCAUGCCGCAGGGCGAGACAUUCCAUCGGGCGGUCUCGAAAGUUCUCUUUAUUUCACAAAUCUAUGGAUUGCUGCCGGUGAGCAAUGUCCGCGCUUUGGAUGUGUCCGAUAUUCGAUUUCGUUGGUUUUCCCCGCGCAUUUUCUACUCCUGCCUCAUUUUAAUCCUAAAUCUUUGCGAAUUCGGCACCGUCAUCAACUAUGUCAUCAAGGUGGCCAUUAACUUUCACACCUCCAGCACCCUUUCGCUGUACAUCGUGUGUCUUUUGGAGCACCUCUUCUUCUGGCGACUGGCAUUCCAAUGGCCCAGGAUUAUGCGCAUUUGGAGCAGUGUGGAGCAGCUAUUCUUAAAGGUUCCCUAUCGAUUCUACGGGGAGUACAAGAUGAAGAAACGCAUCUAUGUUGUGUUUGCCAUAGUCAUGUCAUCUGCUUUGGUGGAACACUGUCUUUUGCUGCUCAAUUCAUUUCACCUAAGCAGUUUGGAACGUACCCAGUGCAAAAUCAAUGUUACCUACUUGGAGAGCAUCUACAAGUGGGAGCGUCCACAUCUCUACAUAAUCCUGCCCUACCAAAUUUGGCUAUUGCCCAUUUUAGAGUGGGUUAACCAGACAAUUGCCUAUCCGCGUUCCUUCACCGACUGUUUUAUCAUGUGCAUUGGCAUUGGCUUGGCUGCCAGAUUUCAUCAGCUCUAUCGUCGAAUUGCUGCUGUUCAUAGGAAAGUAAUGCCAGCUGUGUUUUGGACAGAAGUUCGGGAACAUUACCUGGCCUUAAAGCGACUUGUGCAUCUUUUAGAUGCUGCUAUAGCGCCAUUAGUGCUCCUGGCCUUUGGCAAUAACAUGUCCUUUAUUUGCUUUCAAUUGUUUAAUAGCUUCAAGUUUUGCCGUGGUCCGCACCUUGCUGACUAUUUUUGUGGCCUCUUCGAUAAAUGAUUACGAGCGAAAGAUUGUCACGGCUUUAAGGGAUGUGCCCUCCAGAGCUUGGUCUAUAGAAGUUCAGCGCUUUAGUGAGCAGUUGGGCAACGAUAUGACAGCUCUUUCCGGCAGCGGAUUCUUCUACCUCACCCGCUCACUUGUCCUGGCU